UUACUUUGUUUUGCAUAUGGAAAAAAAACGCACUUAUUCCAGAACUGUUUUGUUACAUUGUGUUUCAAUGAAAAUAUCUAAGUAAAUCACCGAUGUAUUUUAUCACCGAUAUAUUUUGUCUUUAAAUAGGCGUAUUAUGGAUCAUGUCAAGCAUUUGGCAGUGUGAUAGACCGGACAUACAACAAUGGUAUACUGGAUAUAAUGAAUGGGGUUAUGGUGCCACCUGAAGGAAACAUCUAUAAUGUUCUAACCGCAACUUCAACAUUCUCAUCAUUUCUCAAAUAUGUGAAAACGGGUGGUCUUCAACAGGUACUGCAGAACCCAACUCCAACAACAUGUAAGUAUUGCAUGCACUGUUAGGUUGGAACGACAGAAAACCUAACACAAAAUAAAAUAAUGCACACAACCUAAUAAGCAUGGGAAUUAUACCGACAAAUGAGUUCACAUGUAGACCAAAUAAUCCAAUGCAAAUAAAACAAAUAAACAAUUCAUACCAGUAGACCCUUUCGAUAAUUACGUCACGUAUAUUACUUUGGCCUGGGAGCUUUACUCUCAUGUUUCAAGAUGAACGAUGAUUGGCUCACAAUUCACGAGAGCGAGGCUCCCAGGCCAAAACAAGAUAUGUGACGUAAUUAUCGAAAGGGUCUAUUCCCAUGCAAACAAAUCCAAACUAUACUCUAUAGUCACAGCAAGCAUUUGCUACUCCUUUGUUACAACCACGAGAGCUUGUAACAAGUUAUAUGAAUUAGUUAAUUUCACAAGAUUUUUAUUCACCUUGUGACUCAAAACAAAACUACACCACAGUUGUUAACAGGGCCGCCAAGAGGGAGGUCACUUUGCCAUGGGUCCCCCAGCUCAAAAGGGGCUCCCAAAGCAACCCGGGAGGCCCUUAACAUUUCUUGAUACAAGAUUGCUUAACUGAAAAUAUAAAUCCUAGCUGCGUUAGUGUGAGUGGAACAAUAUGCAAUAAAGUGUAAUAUAUUGUAAAACACUGUUUCUCCCCCUUUACAAUUAUGACGUCGUAGCCCCCUCCCUCUCCUUUAAAAGUGUUGCCCCGGACUCCGCGCAACCUCUCGGCGGUCCUAAUUGUUAACAUUAGAAAUACUGGUCACAUGAAUAUACUUGAAACAUGUCCAGCUUUACUUCUACCAUUUUUCAACUGGAGCUAAAAUUUCCUAUACAGGGAUCGUUCAAUUUUUAAUCAAGACCGAGAUCUUGCCUUGCAAUCGCAUAAAGAUUCAUCCAUCUGAUGAUUCAGAUUUCAUUUCAAAAAUUGACACCUCUGACUCGAAAUUCGACAUAUUUUAAAUAUUACAUGAAUAUCUAUUUCUCGCUUUAUGUAUUUAUUUAGUGCUUGUACCAAAUGAUGAUGCAUUUGGAAAACUGGCACACGACGUGGUAGAGAAAAUGAAUGAUAACCACCAGUUCUUAGUUGACGUCCUUGAGUAUCAUAUACUGGAAACGAUAACUUGUUUAGCUGGUUUCGAGACUGGCUCAGUAACAACGUAUGAAGGUGAGGAUAUCAGUGUCACAGCAAGCGGAACGAAAGUGGUAUUUAACAAAAACACAACACUGAUCCAAGCUAAUAUUAUUGCUUACAAUGGAGUAAUGCAUGUCAUUGACACUGUCUUGUUACCACCCUAAGGCAUAAUACGAUAAUUACUUUAUGGUUCACGUCAUUUUUGUCAUAUUUGACAUUCGUUAGCUUUUACUUUAUACUUUUUCGUUUUUGCCAAUUGUUCUCGCUAAAGAAAUUAGUUCAUAGUUAUUAGUUGACGGAAGCGUUCAAUAAAGUCUGCUUGGAAAUGUUUCUUAUGUUAUUCAUUAUUUGGUUCAUAAGUUGUUAGCUCAUUUAUUGCAUGAAAUAUGUAUUCGAGACCAAUUUUAUUCCUUUUUGGUGGAAUACCACAAAUUGUUCUUGCAUUCUCUUGUAUGUUCACAUUAUGUUGUAUGUAGUGUACAUUUCGUACGUACACAAUUCAAUCAUACCAUAUUUCGGGGAGGACCUCUUCUAUUAUAUAUGUGUCUGUGAUGGAUAUAUUGUUAGACUGUUGACAGUUGUUGUUUUUCCCAUUAUACAUUGCUACAUACAUUGGUGUGUUCACGUUGGUAGCAAAUCUUUCAAAAAUUUCCAUUCUGCAAGGCUCCGUCCCACAUUAAAUAACCAUUGGUCAUAGCUGAGACUAUUUGACAGCAUGUUUUCACGCUAGGGAGGUACUGCCUGUAGAAUUGUCAACAACUGCUAAAUUUGGUUUGUAUCCUGAGGGAAGAGGGGACGGCAGUGGAUUAACAAAAUGUGUAUGUUCAUAGUGUCCCACUACAUUCGUGCUUCCCGCAAUGACGUCAUUGCUCGUCUUAGGCUGUGACGUAACGCGGGAACGUAAUUCAGGAUGGACCUCGGUCUGAUGUGAUAUUGUAGCCGGACGUAUUGUUGAAUGAACAAUUUCAGCGUUUUCUUCAGACAUUGAAAUUACUGGAUAGGCGGUAUUAGGCUCAGUUUGUACUUCCAUAUCUUUUCGAUCAGUUGUUUGCGAAGGCUUCUUCUGUGGCCCUGUGCUCACUCCAGCUUUUUCCAGCAACUGAUCAACGUGGUAUUUUUCCUAAGAAUGACGAGGAAGGGUCAUUUUCCAAUAUUAACAAAUACAAUUGAAAUGCAGGGAAUUAUUGUACCUCAAUCCAUAAAAUCCUAAUCCUAAAACUUGUCCGAAC